UGAUGAAUACAAAUAUCUUAAGACAGUAUGCCUGCAAUGAAUGUGGCCAGUAUUAUCAUCGACAAGCGCGAUGGCAAAGAGCUCUCUAAAGAACAGAUCGAGUAUCUUAUUUCACACUAUGCCGAUGAGAGUGUCCCAGAUUACCAGAUGGCCGCCUGGGCUAUGGCAGUGUACCUCAAAGGCAUGACCACUGUCGAGACAGCAACUCUAACAAAGUGCAUGAUAGCCUCUGGUGAUACACUCAAAUGGCCAGGGUGUGAUAAGCCUAUUGUGGACAAGCAUUCGACUGGGGGUAUAGGUGACAAGGUGUCCAUACCUUUAGCUCCGAUGCUCGCAUCUUGUGGUGUGUGUGUGCCGAUGAUAUCCGGGCGUGGGUUGGGGAUCACAGGCGGCACACUUGACAAACUGGAAUCUAUCCCAGGGUUUCAAGUAGAGCUCAGCAAUGAAGAGUUACAGAAGAUUGUGACUGAGGUGGGGUGUGCGAUUGCAGGCGCAUCGUCAGGAUUAGCGCCGGCGGAUAAACGUCUGUAUUCAUUGCGAGACGUAACGGGCACAGUAUCGAGUAUUCCAUUGAUUACGGCGAGUAUUCUAGGAAAGAAGCUGGCUGAGGGCAUAGGUGCGUUAGUGAUGGAUGUGAAGUGGGGAAGUGGCGCGUUUAUGCAGACCAGCGAGGAUGCCCGGGCGUUGGCUACGAGCUUGGUGACGGUGGGUAAUGAGUUGGGUGUCAAGACAUCUGCUGUGAUCACAGAUAUGAACCAGCAUUUGGGCUAUAUGAUUGGCAAUGCGGUGGAAAUUAAUGAGUCUGUGGACAUACUGAAAGGGACGGGGCCUCCGGAUGUACUCGAACUUGUGCUGGAAUUUGGGGCGAAUUUGCUGAUCAGUUGCGGCAAAUACGAUAGUAAGGAAAAGGCUAUAGAUGUUUUAAUGGAUACUAUCACAUCUGGCACAGCGCUAAAGAAGUUUGAGGAGAUGGUUAAGGCGCAAGGAGGUGAUCUAAAUGCGCCAAGGAAGGUUGCCAAGGCGCAUGUAGUUACAGCCCAAAGCAGUGGGUAUGUUGUGCAUAUCAAUGAAGAAUCGCUAGGACAAGCUAUCAUUGAAAUGGACGGCGGAAGACACCAGCUGGGCGAUGCGUUGAAUCACUCUACAGGUAUUUGUAUGCAGAAGAAGAUUGGGAGCAGAGUCGAGAAAGGUGAGGAAAUCGCGACCAUCUUUUGUGACGAGCCCGAUAAAUUGAAGCUGGCCUCGAGUUUAUUGGCCGGCGCUAUUGGGAUUGGCAGCGAAAACAUAGAUCCGCUCACUCUAAUUGUUGAGAGGCUCUAGAAGGGUGAAUUUAUAACACUGCUUCGAUUGCAUGACUCGCCCCGGAAUUUUUGGCCAGUUCUAUUGAGAUUAAAAAAUUAGAUCCGCUCACUCUAGUUGUUGAGAGGCUCUAG